AUAGACUCGCAAAAAAGUCAGCAAGAUAAUGCAACAGCGACUAGUUCCCGGAAAAGGAGAUGCGGUACUGAUGGAGACAGUGAUAUUGCCGGAGCUCUGCAAGUUUUAAAAAAUAUGUCAGCUUGGUCAUAUGCUCGCGACGAUGCCUCGGUAUUUGGAGAAUACAUAGCAA